UUUUCCUCCUGGCCCUGUUUGCCAGCAUCUUUCAGACAGGUGAGGGAAUGCUGAAUCAGCAAUACUCUGCAUCUGCUUAACAAAGGAAACCAGCCUGAACAGUAGAGCAGAUUUCUUGUGUGCAUAUCCCAACUUUAGAUACAAGAUUACAGGCUUGAAGGGGACACAAAGAAAUCAUCUAUAUCAUCCCUAAAUCCCAUAACUAUAGACAGAUAAGAUAGAUAGAUAGAUAGAUAGAUAGAUAGAUAGAUAGAUAGAUAGAUAGAUAGAUAGAUAGAUAGAUAGAUAAUUGAAUGGAACCACAAUACAUGCUGACCUCAGGUCCCUGAAGAAAGGGCAGGAUUGUGGAGAAUCAUGAGUGGGAAAGUGCUGUGGCGCUCAAGUCCAUUUUUGUGGCUUCCAGGCUGCAUCUGAUUGGCCACCAUGAGAGCAGAAUGCUGGACUAGAUGCUCCUGUGGCCUGAUCCAGCAGGGAAUAGGAAAAGAAUUACAUAUACCAAUGUGCGUUUAACAAAGAAAUUAUACAUAAAAAUAACAAGAGGAAACAGAAAAGAACAAACCGAGCAAAGUUAUACAGGUCAGGUAUUUCCAAAAAGCAGAGCUUACACCGGUGUAAAUGAACGCACUUUCCUUGCCAUCAAGCCAGACGGGGUACAACGGCACCUGGUUGGCGAGAUCAUCCGGCGCUUUGAGAAGAAGGGCUUCAAAUUGGUGGCGAUGAAACUCAUGCAGGCCUCUGAAGACUUAUUGAAGGAGCAUUACAUCGCCCUCCGUGAGCGUCCUUUCUAUAGCCACCUGGUGAAAUAUAUGAGCUCAGGACCUGUCGUGGCCAUGGUUUGGCAGGGACUGGAGGUAGUGAAGAUGGCUCGCGUCAUGAUUGGCGAAACUAACCCAGCAGAUUCCAAGCCGGGGACUAUCCGAGGAGACUACUGCAUUGAAGUUGGCAAGAAUGUGAUUCAUGGGAGCGAUUCAGUGGAGAGUGCCCAGCGGGAGAUCUCACUCUGGUUCCACACAGAUGAGUUGGCCUGUUGGGAGGACAGCGCUGAGCACUGGCUUUAUGAGUAAGAAAAAGCAGCUGGAGCCAGUGGUGGCUGCUCGCUCCAUGUUAGUGGGGCCAUGGAAUCCACUCCGGGUGUUAGUCUGAACUUUCAAGGAGCUGCCCCAGGUGCUGAAGUGGAUUCUGCUGCCCCACUGGCAUGGAGCAAUCAGCUCCCACUGGCUGAAGUGCUGGCCCCUCUGCUCAGGCACCGCACAAACCCAUCCAUUCCUCUUCGGUGCCUCUGGGAUUUCACGGAUUGCUUUCUCCUUUCGCUGAGUGGGUGGGUGGGGAAGAGGAAAAGAGUGAGAGUGUUCUAGAGCUGAAAGAACAGAUUUUGUCAGUUUAUAUUUCCCCCUCCUCCCCCCCCCAUUAGUCUUUUAGGGCAAUGUUAAGGAUAAGCUUUUGUGUAUGAAGGUGAAAAGGAACUCACCAAGGGGAUUCCAGUAAUCUUAUUUUUAGAGGGUUGUAUCUGAUGUUAGUCCUACUCACUGUAGACCCACUGAAAUUAAUAAACAUGAUUAACUUGGGUUCAUUCAGUAGGUUUACUCUGAGCAGAACUUUGUGGCUACAACCCAGGAUAUAUUUUUCAAAGGAGUCCAUUCGAGGUUCCCUCACCGCUUCCCAUUUCAAGGCUGCAAAGAUGACCCUGCUUGGCUGUGCCAAGGUUUUGCUUUUUGUAUCUGAGUCUAUAGCUGCGGCAUUCAGGGCGUUGCAAGCCCCUACAAUCAGCUGAUCAUCAGGGCUUGCAUACUGCUGUGUGUGGCACUUUGCAAGCCCCAACAAUCAGCUGACCAUCGGGGCUUGCAAAGCGCAGUUCCUUUGCCUGCAUUGUUUUAUUUCAUACUACGCAAGCAAAAAUGGGCUACCUGAGAAAUGGUUGGCUCCACCCCCUUGUCAAACUUUGCCCGUGUGGAGAGGGGAGGAGAUAAGGAUCCAGUUCCCUACAACCGCUCUACAGUCUGCCAAAAUGAAACCUCAAAUACGACAGGAGCAAGGGAGCUGUUCUGGAUGACUGUGCAGCCACAAAUACAAACAGUUGUUCCCAACUAGCAAUAUUCAAGAGCCUGAGCAUCAGGUCUUAUACGGCUGAUACUGUGCCCUGCUCUCUCUAGUGUAUGCAGAUUCUUUUUGGGUUGUGGAAAGGCAGAACCCACCCUGCCAGUAUCACUCAUUCCCCCCACCCCACCCACCAAUAGUCCAGGCCAGGUGGGAGGGCUGCUUUAGUGCAUGUUUUAUCUUAGAGAAAGAGUAUAUGUAGAUCUUCAGAUGUGGCAACCCACCUACCCCUAGUCACCCUAAACAUUGGGCCGUGCUGUCUGGGGCUAACAGGAGUUGGGAGCCCAGCAACAUUUUGAAGUCCACCCCUCUCCUUUAAAAAAAAAACUUACUCCAGCUAAAAACUACUUGGGAGUGGAAGAUGGCAAUGCAAAAAGCCUCCAACAGAUGUUUCUAAAAGUAGAAACAGCCAAAUCGCACUAGGAUGGGAGCUGGCUGGUGAAUUAGUCUUGCUAUGCUAUCAUGGACAUUUGUCUUCCUCUGGUGCUUCCAAGAUCUUUCAGCCAGCUGCUGACUAACCAUACUUCCAAAUAUUUCCCACAAGGAGAUCGUUUACAGCUAUAAAUAUAUGCAGGGCUACUUUUUAAAUAUUGGCUGCAUUUUGUUUUUGUAAAAUAAAUUUUGGA